AUGACCUUCCAUACUCGGGCAGCAACGGAUGAGAUAUACAGCAUAUUCAAUCAGCCCUUGAAGGCCGAGCUGGAAGCGGCUGAGGACCAAAGCCUAUAUGGCAGCGAUUAUGAGGAAGAUGAUUAUACCAGUGCUGGAGAGAGCACAGCAACAGGGAGAAUAUCUGCAGUGAACAGCGACUUUGGUGAUGAUGAAACUGGUGUUUUUGAAAGAACGCAGGAUAUCAAUGCCGACAAUGGGUUUACUGAUCAAACAAAGACUGGAGUCAGCGAAUGGACAGAAUUCAGUCCCGCCGAGCACAUUCCAAAGGUUUAUGGUGGAUCAAGAGGAGAUAUACAAGGUUCCGGAAGUCAGACGAACACUUCAGUUUCACCUCAGAAUCACCCUGAAAGUUAUGGUCACUUUGGCGAAGGUGAGGAAAAGGAGAAUCACAUUCAUUCUCCCUCUUCAAAAGAAAGCCGAUUUGUUCCCAUCGAGCCUCAAGAUUACAAUCCUCCAACUGGUCCCUAUCGAGAUCCUUAUGUUGUUGCUCAAAACCGAUUGCCCUUCAUGACUCCGAUCAUAGAACAGACAGAGGCUUCGUUGGCUUCGACUCUUUUCAGGGAAAAGGGUCAUCUAAGCACCAAAACGCCAUCCAAGAUAGGCAGAGGCUUUGCCCCAGUCACACCAGCCAUACCGGAAGUCGACGAUUUGCUGCUGAGUAGUCCGUUCCAAGACUAUACUCGAACCAACGAUGCUGUUUUUGAGUACACCACUGAAAUUAGUUCCCCCAGCAAAGUCAGUGACGGAUUCAUGCCAUCGAUUCCAAAGUCACCAAUCCUUCAACGCAACGGACAUGUGAUAAUCACGGAGCAUCAAUGCAACCCGAUGGACCAUGCGAUACAGGCCAAGAUUCUGCGAAGCAUGCGGCCUUCGCUACAUACCUACCCAGGGUAUCACGACCACAAAAUGGAAGAUGGAGGAAAUGCAUCCGAUAUCAAGAAGUAUUUCAAGAAUUUAGCCAAAGUAUCUAAGGGCAAUGGAGGAGAUAGAUCGCCUACCGUGCCGCCUGUUCUUUGUUUUGAAGGUGCAGUUCGGAGUUAUGCCAUUAAACGAGAGCUAGGAGAAGGCGGCUUUGCUCCAGUUUACCUGGUAGAAAGUGUUGAUUCGCCCGACACAUUCACGGACUCUGAAGAUGAAAGCGACGGUUAUGAUCUGAGCCCACGGACGCCCUCUCCGAAAGGAAAGAUCUUCAAGACCAUGCGAAAUGCUGAGCGUGGUGAAUUUGAAGCUAUUAAAGUGGAAACGAAUCCUCCGUCGGCUUGGGAAUUCUAUAUGCUGCGUAUUGCACAUGUCCGUCUGGGCAGCACCAGUUUGCACCGCCGCUCGACAGAAAGCAUCAUCCAGGCCCAUGAACUUCACCAUUUCAAAGAUGAAGUUAUUCUUGUGGAGGAUUACCGCAACCAAGGCACGCUGAUCGACUUAAUCAACCUUGUGAGGGCCGAAUGUAAGGCUGGAGGGACAACAGAGGCUGGCCUAGAUGAGGCAGUUUCGAUGUUUUUCGCAGUUGAACUGCUUCGUACAGUUGAAGGGCUGCAUUCCUGUGGAGUAAUUCACGGAGAUCUAAAAGCGGAUAAUUGUCUCGUUCGGCUUGAUGAGUCGGCUGCACUUCCUACUUCGUUGCUGGAUACCGAUCUGGACAAUGCAGACUAUUCCCCAUCGGGAGGGCAUGGCUGGCACAACAGAGGCUUGACGUUGAUUGAUUUUGGUCGCGCGAUUGAUAUGCACGCUUUCGUCCCCGGGGUCCAAUUCAUUGCUGAUUGGAAGGUGGCGGAGCAUGAAUGUUCUGAGAUGAAAGAGUGUAGACCGUGGACAUAUCAGGUCGAUCUGUACGGCCUCGCUGGAAUCUUUUAUAUCAUGCUAUUCGGGAAGUACAUGGAAGUCAUGCCUGUGUCACAUACGGAGACUGGCAACCCUGACCGCCCUGCAUGUGGCCUUCAGCGACAUUAUAAAAUCAAAGAAUCCUUGAAGAGAUAUUGGGAGAGGGAAAUCUGGUCGGAACUGUUUGACCUUUGUCUCAAUCCUACCAGCGAGAAAUGGACGGGGAUUGAGCGGCAAUAUUGUGACUCCAAGGAGAAUGGUGACCCGAGCGCGGUUGCUGGUGGCGGAAAGGGCCCCUCCAUGCCGAUGGUUAAUUCGAUGAGACUUGUUCGCGAAAAGAUGGAAAUGUGGCUUGCAGCGAAUGCGGCUCGUAAAGGGCUGCAAGGUCAUCUCAAAAAGCUGGAGGCACUGAUAUCAAAGAAGCGGGCGCGACGCAGUUCCGAGAAGGAUUGA